UAUGAAAGCAAGGUUAAUAAAUAAUUAUUAACAAAUAUAAAAAUUAUAAAAUAUCUGAUACUGUAACACCAACAACAAUGUGACUCUGGAAAACAGUAGAACAACACACUGUGCCAUUAGUUGAAUAGUUAAAAUAUUUUAAACCAAAAUUGCAAAAAUGUUCAAGUUUUUACUAAUCAACUUUAUCGUUUCUUUAAUUUUUGUGAAUUCAGAAAUAUAUAAGCCUUUGCUUUUACCACAAUUACCGUUUGGUGAAUAUCGAAUAAAUUACUUAGGACUAACGCGUUGUACUGCUAUGCCAUUGCUAGUCGACAAAAUUUUAUUUAAUUUUUACCUAAGCAAAAAGUCUGCUAAUACCACAGAAAUCAGAGGAAAUUUAACAAAUUUUGUCCAAUUUGAUGAUUCUCUUAAUUUAGAAUUAAAUAUGGCGGUAAAAGACUCAAUUGGUGGUUGGAAGGAUAAUGCAUUUGUAUUUAAGCAACCUAAAGCUUGCACGUCUCUCAAAAAAUUGUUUGGUGAAGCUUGGACCCAUGUAAUGGAAGGUGUAGGAGUCUAUAAUGCAACAUGCCCUAUUCCCGUGGGUCUUUAUAAGUUAUCUGGAAUAGAUACUGCAGUUUUCUCAUUAGUCAAUUUUCCCAAGACAUAUUUUUAUGGAGUAUACAAAUUUCGUUUCUUUUUUACAAAAAACAAUGAAGUCUAUGGCUGUACUAUUUUAGUUAUAGAAUUAAAGAGGCCAUGGGAAAACAAUUAAACAUAUAAUUAUUGUUAAACGAUAAUAACAUGUUUUAAUAUAAUACAUAUAUUUUAUAAACUUGAGUGAUAUUGUAAUUUUAUUUUUCUUAUCUUAUUAAUAGUAAUUAACAAUAUUUAUUUUUAUUACGACACAUGAUUACUAUGCAUGUCUUCUCUGUGUUUUUUUCGCGAAAUCAAAUGUUACUGAAAAUUUAAAUUCAUGUAAAAAAAAAUAUUGUCGCUUCAAGUAUGACCAUCGUUACCAGUAUAAAAAACGACGUUUUAAUAUUAUAUG